AUGGAAUCGGGCCAAGCGAAUGCCAAUGAUUGGGUAGCUGAAGCUGUCAAGGAUGUUAACAUGUUGGGCAGAAGCUCGUCGGCCGGGAUGUCACCGGUCUCCGGUGGAUUGCAUAGCGACUCGGAAACAGCCAUCACUUUGCUUCCAAUCUUGCAGGCUCAACGUGAAAGAUUCAGGCAACGUAACCAAGAAUUAGAGGCGCAAAAUCUGGAACAGCAGCAGCAGAUGGCGAUACUGCACAGUGAGGUCGAACGCCUUCGCACCGAUAAUGUGGCCCUUUACGAGAAAGUUCGCUUCCUCCAAAGCUAUUCCGGUCAGCGUGCUACCAAGAAUACCGGUAUUGGAAUAAGUUCCGAAACAGAGGAACUCUACGAACGCCAAUACGAGGACCGUCUGGAUCCGUUUGCCUCGUUCUCUCGUAGAGAACGUCAACGUAAAUUGGCUCAACUGGGCCCAUUUGAGCGCAUCACUUACUCGAUGGGACAAAUGAUCCUAUCAAGUCGCGCAGCUCGCACUGCUGGUGUCAUCUACUUUUCCGUUCUACAUCUGCUCGUCUUUCUCGUCCUCUACCGUCUGGCCUAUACGGAAACCUGCCACAGAGAUAUGGCUGCCGAGUGUGCUCAAAAGUAUGAUGAUCAUAUGCUAGAAGCGCAUGGUUUACACAACUGA